UAUGUUGUACUUCCUGGGUCAGAUGUUGUUGUAUAAUACUGUCAUGUGCAAGUCUCUCGAUUCCUGUCCGCCCGGGAGAGGAAAUGCUCUCAGUCUUCACUGUCAUCUCCCUGCAUCUGGAGGAACUGAAUGUCCAUCAAGCUGAACCUCUUUAGCUGCAGAAGAGCUGGAAACUUCAGGAAGCCCAACAAUUGCAUGGAUGAUGAAUAAGAACAGGGAGGAGACUGCUCUGCAAACAGCCCCAUCUCAGAGUUCUAAAUGGGAAGAGAAAAUCAAGAUUUGCUCUCCACGUAGAUCAACAAGGCAAAGGAAGGCACAGAGGACACCUGCUCAGUGUUAUGAGAGUUCUAUGACUUGGAAAAACAAAGGCCGCAAUGAAAACACAGACACUCUUUGUGAGAAAAUCCACGAACAGCAUCUGGGACACCCAAUACACAUAUUGAAGUGCCUGGAUUGUGGGAAGGGACUUUUGAAUCCAUCCGCUUUUAAAAGACAUAGGAAAUUCCACACAGGAGAGAAACCCUUUAAAUGUUUUGAAUGCGGGAAAAGCUUCAUGGAAAGCAGCCACCUCAUUCAGCAUCAGAGGAUCCACACUGGAGAGAAGCCCUAUGCAUGCUUGGACUGUGGGAAAAAGUUCACCCAGAUCUCGCACUUAAUUCACCACCGCAGAAGCCACACGGGAGAGAAGCCCUACAGCUGCCCCGAGUGUGAGAAAAGCUUCAGCUUUAAGUCGGCUCUGGUGCGGCAUCAUAGGAUCCAUACGGGAGAGAAGCCAUACGAAUGUCCUAAAUGCGGGAAGUGCUUCAAUGUCAGUUCCCACCUGGCACGCCACCAGAGGUUGCAUCUCAAGGAAGCAACACUGGCUGCAGUGGAAAGCUUUGGGGGCAACACAGCCCUUGUUAGAUGUCACAGGGCACCAAGAUCACACCCCUGUACAGAUUGUGGGAAAGGAUUUAUCUGCAGCAGAGAUCUUGUGAGACAUCAGAGAAGAACCCACAAAGGAGGUUGCAAUCUGGAAAAGCUUCAGGCACAAAUCCAACCAUCUGAGGCAUCAUUUACUGUACUGCUAAAAACCCAGAGCUGAGAAAUGUUCUUUUCCUGUUCUACAGUGGACUUCCAAGAAUGCUGCAUGUACAGAUAAAGGGAUUCUUUAACACCUGUUGAAUUCUGCAGCUGGAAAUGCCUGUGCUCUGCAGCUAGAAUAAAUGAUCUAAUUGAUUAUUA